AUGGUGAAAAUGAAGAAUUAUGUUGGUAAACAUUUUAAAUUGAUACAGCGUCCAGCUAAUCAGAAAUUAGAUUCUUACCAGUGUAAUUACUGCCCAAAAAUCUAUGUGCAACAUACUACGCGUAUGGCUGAUCAUUUGCUGGAAUGUCAAGGCUGCCCUAGUACUGUAAAAAAUACUGUACAAAAUCAUUCAAAAACAGCAAAGAAAAGGAAACUAAACGAAGAGGAAAAUAAUGCUCAGCUUGAUGAAGACAUCGACGAUGAUGAAGUUCACUGCGCUUCGUCCCACGAUAACAACAAACAAACAAAAGAUGGUCGUCGAAAUUUAAAAUCUUUCUUGGACAAAAUAUCGAAGUAUGAACAAGAGUCUUGUGAAGAAUUAUUGGCGAAAGCAAUUAUAACUGGUGGUGUGUCAUUUAGAUUUUUGGAAAAUGAAUAUUUUUUGGAAUUUUUAAAUAAGCUGAGACCUACUUUCAAGCCACCGAAACGCGCCGAACUAUCGGAUACAUUAUUGGAAAAAAUUUAUCAAGAAGUAAAAGGAAAAGUUAAAGCUAAAAUUGAUGCAGCAACUACAUUGACUGUGCAGAGUGACUCUUACACAAAUAUCAACAAAGAGGGCAUAAUAAAUUUUGUUGUAAAUACUCCAGAGCCAGUGUUUUACAAAAGCGUAGAAACUAAAGCAGAGUCACAAACUGCGCAACAUUUAACCGAUCAAAUUUGCAGCGUCGUUGAAGAGAUAAAUCCGAAUAAAACCAUAGCUGUAGUAACAGAUAAUGCAGCUUAUUGCAGGAAAGCGUGGGAAUUGGUAGAGCAACGUUAUGCACACAAUCCAAUCUUUGGCUAUGGAUGCGCUGCUCAUGGGUUUAACCUGCUUUGCCACGAUAUAUUAAAUGAAGUUUCCGCUAAAGAUAUAAUGCGAGAUAGUGUAAAAAUCGUAAAGGCGAUCAAGCAAUCUAAUAUCUUGACCGCUGCAUUGAAAAAUGUACGAGAAUUGGAUGAAAACGAGCGAGUUUUGUCAUUGAAAUUGCCCGUUAAAACACGGUGGGGAUCAUCUCUCGAUUGCUUGACUAGUCUCAACGUCAACCGCUCUUGUUUACAAAAACUCAGCAUUUCAACUCAUGCCCCUAGACUUCCUCGAGAUGUCAAAAAUUUAAUUUUAGAUUCUGAUGAUAACUAUUGGUGGAAGGUUCGUAGUUUGAUCAGUUUAUUGCAGCCAGUUGUUGUGUACUUAAAAAAAAUAGAAGGGAACGAAUCGUGUAUACACAACGUGUGCGAUUUUUUUAAUGAGUUGAAGCAGUCAAUAAAUCAGGUGUUAUUAUACACCACGCCAUCAAUCAUGAAUUUUGAUGAAGCCCAAAGUGUGCUUAAAAAUCUAGAUGAAAGAGUCAAAUUUAUUUUAAAUCCCGCACAUUACGCAGCUAGUAUUUUGAAUCCAGCUUCAAAAGGGAAAACAUUGUCCGCAGAAAACUACACUAAGGGGUAUGAAUUAAUUGUGAAAACUGCGAACAAAUUCGAUGGCAUCGAUAAAAAUAAACUACUAAUACAAUUGGCUCAAUACACAACUGAAUCAGAUUUCUGGGCAACUGAACAUGUGCAAAAAUCGGUGGCUUUAGUUUCAGCAGUUGACUGGUGGAAAGGGCCUUGUUCUUGCACAGUAGUGAGUAGAGUGGCUGUUGCCAUUUUAAAUUUGCCAUGCUCGUCAGCUGCAACUGAGCGCACUUUUAGCGCUUAUGGCUGGAUCCACAACGCUAAGAGAAAUCGUUUUACAGCUGCUCGAGCGAGCAAAGUGACAUACAUCGCUCACAACUUGAAAUUAUUGAAUCCAAAAAAGAAAAAAGAUAUAUGCGAGUUGGAGUCUGAAGAAGAAGACGAUGAAGAAAUUGAAAUCGACGAUUAUGUGAUGGACGAAAAUGACCAAUCGGUUAGAAAUUUAUCGUCGGUACUGCAAAAUGAAGAUUAUGUGCAAGAAGGAGAAUAUAUUAUUGAUGAAGAUGGAUCUCUUGUACCAAAAAAAAACUAA